GUAAAAUUGUAUUUUCUCUUACUAAAUCAUGUAUAAAUGUAAAAGAAAAUGACAAUUUGCUAAAUGAAUGAUGCGUUAUAAUUCCUUGUAUAUUUAAAUAAACACCAAUUUUACUAUAGUUUUUCUAAGACUCCGUACCAAAAUUUACUUAAGAAUACAAUUUUAUUUUUUUUAAUUACAGUGUUAGAACCUUCUUCUUUAAAACAAAAAAUGAAAAAACUCCUUUUCUCUUCUCAAAAAAAGUGUAUAAAUUCCCGCGAAGAAUUCUUUUACACAUCACUUGAAUUAGCUUCAAUAAAUAAAACACACAAAAACUCUGUUUCAAGAAAAAAAAAACUCUGGAAUUCUCAGAAAUCCAUGGAAAAUAAGAAGAUGAAGUUGAAACCUAAAACAGAGGAACUAAUUUCUGCAUCCAAGAACAAGAUUAAUCAUCAACCCAGAAAUACCCAUCAAUCCCAAGUUGAUAGAGAUGAUAUUUCAGCUCUCAAAAUGAUGAACAAAUCUUCAAGUUUAAGCAACAAAGCUUGGAGUAUGGCUUCUUUAAUGGCGGAACUCCCUCCUUCUCCUUCCUCCUUUAAUGCCGAUUCACCAACAAUUCCUUGCGAUUCUUGUCGUCCUUCUACUGUCUUUUACUCUCCUUCAAGAUUUCAGGACAUGAAAAGUUCCAACAGUUUCACAAAUCUGAAGAAGCAAUUUGAAUCAGUAAAAAACAUUGGAUUUGUUGAAGGAAAUGAAGCUGAUAACUCAUUUGACUAUGAAUCUUCAGUUGGUGUUAAUUAUGAUAAUUGUCAAGUAAUAUUCUCUGUUCCUCCCACUGUUUCUGAAGAGUGUUCUAGUUAUCUACACAAGAGGGGAACUGGUUCUGCAAACCCUAAGGAAUUCGGAGAGGCGAUACCGGUGGUUGAUGAGGUACGAGGGGAGCGUAGGCAGAGCUACCGGCCUAAGUCCUACCAGGAUUUCUUGGAUGAAACGCGAAGCCACAAGCAGAAGGCUGAAAUUGAUGCAAUGAGGAAGGCUUCAUAUACUUAUCUUCUCAGAAAGUUGACAAAGAAGGAAGAAGCCAUUGAUGAGUGGGAGUCGAAUCGUAGGAAGAAAGCAGAGUUACAGCUAGAAAAGCUUCAGAGGAAGCUGGAGCAGAAACGGAUAGAAGCAGUGCAGAAGGUGCAGAAAAAACUUGCAGAGACACAGCUAGAAGCUCAGCAGAAAAAAGCGAAAGCAAGGAGGAUGGCGUUGAAGGAAAUGGCCAAACAUUGUUCACAAGUGAAUUGACAUUAACAAGGCUUUAC